GAACCUAGCAACAGCGCAGGUUCCCGGCUGGUUCCGUUAUGGCGGCUGCCGCCCUGGGGAAGAUGAGAGGGGCCAUGCCAACCAACCUGCUGCCGGUGUUGGGCAUCCGGGUCCCCGGCGGCCUGGCGGGGCCGCUCGUCCUGGCGCUUCUGUUGGCUUCUGCCGUGCCUGCUGGAACAGAGCCCACUGGCCAACCUGUACAAAAUACAGAUAUUUCUUCUUCAAACACGAAUACUUUCUCACAGGAAAACAAAACCAAACCUUCUGUUUCUCAAAUCAGUACCACUCUCCCUCCUCCAACUAGUACAGGGAAAAGUAGAGGAACAUCUGUAGCUCCCCGUCCCUCACCUACUACCUCACUGUCCCAAGAGGAGGCUGAGAACAAUGAGGAUCCUAGCAUGGAGGAGGAGGAUCUUCUCACACUGAAUAGUUCUCCAUCUACCGUCAAAGACUCUCUGGACAAUGGGGAUUAUGGAGAACCAGACUAUGACUGGACCACCAGCCCCAGGGACGAUGAGCCUGAUGAGACUUUGGAAGAAAACAGGGGUUAUAUGGAAAUCGAACAGUCAGUGAAAUCUUUUAAGGCCCCAUCCUCAGAAGUAGAAGAGGAAGAUAGCCACUUCUUUUUCCACCUUAUUAUUUUUGCUUUUUGUAUUGCUGUUGUUUAUGUUACAUAUCACAACAAAAGGAAGAUUUUCCUUCUAGUUCAAAGCAGGAAAUGGCGGGAUGGCCUUUGUUCCAAAACAGUGGAAUAUCAUCGUCUAGACCAGAAUGUUAAUGAGGCUAUGCCUUCUCUAAAGAUUACCAAUGAUUAUAUUUUUUAAAGCACUGUGAUUUGAGUUUGCUUAUUAUGUCAUUUUAUUUGCUUGACUUUUUAUAUAUGAUAUUGUGCAGAUGUUUGCCACAGGCAUUUGGUACUUAAAUGAGAGGUGGAUCUCUCUUUUGCCUUGGUGCUUUGGAAAUUAAAUGUCACAAAUACUUUUAGAGCUGAAUUAAUCAGGUGUCCAAAGUAUGAGUUAAGCAUCACCUUAUAUUUACAGUUUUUAUUAUUUUCCAUUUAUUGUUUUUUCUGAAAUUAAUACUACUUGUAAAAGAUUCCAAACUUAAAAAAAAUUCUAACAUAUAUAAUACUGCUGAUUCAGAUCUACUCUUUGCCAUCCAAAUGCUAUUUUUUAAAGCACUUAUUUCUUAUUGGUCCCACACUGUAAAGUACAAGGGUAUUAUGUGUGAUAAUGUUUUGCAUUAAAGUAAUACUUUUUUUCUCUUAAGAGAACUCUGGAUAUUUUUAGGGAAUUAAAACACAAAAUAGUGAUCUUGUUCAAUCUGACCACAGUUUUAGGCAACACAUUAAAUAUGUCAGAAACUCUGGCAAAAGAGAAUAUAGUUUGCAGUGAACAUAAGAUAAAAUAUCAUAUAGAUAGCAGUUUUUGGUUUGAAUUACUGAAUUAAAUUUAGAGGUGAAAACUGAUAAAGAACUAAAUGCGUGAACAGUUAAUUUUAGCAGUUCAUUUGUAGCUCUGGUCUCAAAGGUUUCAAGCAAUGGGAAGAGUUUAAAGUUACAUUUGUUCACUUUGUUUCUUACUGUGUAAUAAGAUGGAAUAAACUUUUAGGUCAUUAUCAUUUAAAUAUAUCAUUUAAUAUAUAUAGGCCUUUCAAAUUAAAAUUACUAGAAGUGGUUUGUAAACUUAAAGGAUAUAUAUCCAUCCAUACAUAGUAUACAUUGUGUACACGCAUAUAUGUAUGUAUACAAGUAUAUAUGUAUGUAUGCACAUUGAUCUUCCCAGGCCUAUCUUGUUUUAUUGUUGGUUGUUUACAGCAACUGGAAAUUAUUUACUAUAUUUCACUUUAGCCUGUGUUUCUAUCAUAAAGAAUUGAUCAGUAUGUAAAUAUGUGAUUUGAACCCUGUUGUCAUGGAAACCUUAUCUUUACUGUGUGCUAACCAAAGCCCAGAGGAGCCAGUGGUCACAUGCUUUGGGUAGAGCUGGAGUAGCAGUGCCGUCCACCGUCCUCUCCAGCAGACAGCUGACUUUCAAUAAGGGAAGCACAAUGGAUAUACACCUGAACUGUUUUAUUGCAGCAAUUUUUUUCAUAUCUGAAAUUGUAUUAUUUAAUAUUUUGAAUAAGAUUUUAAAAAAUAAAUGGCAAAGAUAUAAAUCA